AUGGGUCCUGCUGUCUGGAAUGGUUUGCCUAGGGACUCUCUGGCUCUCGUCACAUACGGCACACCGGAUGGCAACAGAAAAUUGCAAAUGAAGAGGUAUAAUGAGAUUUGUCAGAUAGUUAUGCAGCGACGCAUGAAUGGCAGAGAAAACUUUUACAGAAACUGGACUGAGUAUCAAAGAGGAUUUGGAGAUCCGAAGAAAGAAUUCUGGAUUGGAAAUGAAAACAUAUACCGCCUUACAGCAAAGAAAAAGUUCAAAGUUUUGUUUGUGUCGGAGGAUUUUGAAGACAACGUGGCAUGUGCAGCUUAUGAUUCAUUCAGUGUUGGCUCGCCAGAUACUUACUACGUCCUGAACAUCGGAAACUAUCACGGAACAGCAGGGGACUCAAUGAUUAAUAGCAACGGCAUGGCAUUCUCAACGCAUGACAAGGACAACGAUGUUCGUGACUUCGUGACUGAAUUUGAAGUUUCCAUCAGUAAGAUGCCUGAUAACACCGAUCAGGCCCUGUACAUUUGA